UCAAAUAGUCAUAACUUGUAAGUAAUCAACUAUUUGUUAAGUUUUUAUACGUCCAAAUUUCAAACGUUAACUGUAUUCAGCAAUGGCAAAACUAAUUGGAAUUCAUAGGAACACUCUAUUUCUCGUGUUCUUAGCAAUUUUCAUCUUCAGUGAUGCUGUUCAAGGCUUGAUUCAGAUGUGCGAUAGGCCUAGCCUUAAUCUCGAAGGUAGCUGCCCGGACCAUAAAACCUGUAAAGAUGCAUGUAUAGCUGAGCCAGACAGUCGUAUAAUUGGCGGUAUUUGUCAAAGUACUACGUCUGUCAGUCAAGGUGACGUCUCAGAGUGCGUGAAAGAACGUAUGUCUAAGCUUUCAGUGAUACAGUUACGAAUAACCGCGAUUGUAUGAAGGUAGCAGGUGGUAAUACCGAAGUAAGACAUUCUUGCGUGAGAAAAUUGAAGAAAGCUCAAGAAGAUUGCACAACUAAAAACACAGUCAACACUGGUGAUCGUUGCACGUGCUCAUACCUCUGCUGAAUAUUAUUGUAGAUGAUACACUUUUUAAUGGUGCUCAAAGAUUUACCUCUAUCAUCAACUAUUAUUAAGGCUAAAGGGCAUGUGAA